CAAAGGUGCAAUUCGAAUUUGAGAUCGCGUAGUUAGAAAUUGAUGACUUAAUAUGGCGUCAAUAUUCUUUCGACGGCGUCCAGCGUAUCCUUUGAGAAAGAAUUUGGCUUCCUGUUAGUCAUCCGAGCUUGUUGGACAUAUCAAAACUUGGUCGCACAAGUCCACCAGCGGGAUUGCAAUUUGCAGGUGCUGGGGGAGCAGAUGGUUGUUUGGUGGCAGCGCUUUGGAAUUAGUAAUGCUGCCUUGAUGCUAUGAGAAUCGACCUUUCCACAGCUGUGCACACACCCAUACCCCGGUGCUAGAGGAUGGAGGCUUCAAGGGCAUCGCAGCUUCCUUCCGCCAUCAGUUUGUGAGAAAUCCCAACCAGACUUCUUGUCAACAGAAAUAUCUCCAACUUUGCAAAGUUUCUCAACCUGCUAUCAAAGCUUUCUUAUCCGCCAUCAACAUCAAAAUGUUGAAGUUAAGAUACGUGAUCUUGGCUUGCGUGUUGGCUCUCGAAGCCUAUGGGUUACACUUGGGUUCAGUAAUGCCAUCGGCCCAAAUAUCGAAGCGAGAUUACCACGAAGGUAGUGGUUAUGCACCCGACAAGCCCCCAUCACCCCCACCGGCCCCACCAGUUCACAAGCCCGAGUCCCACCCGCCGAUCUACGGCUUUCCAAAGCCCCCACCGGCCCCACCAGCACCACCGGCCCCACCAGUUCAUAAGCCCGAGCCUGCACCGCCGCACUACGGCUUUCCCAAGCCCCCACCGGCUCCACCAGCUCCACCAGCUCCACCGGCUCCACCAGCUCCACCGGUUCCCAAGCCCGAGCCUCAGCCGCCGCACUACGGCUUUCCCAAGCCCCCACCGGCCCCGCCGGCUCCACCAGCUCCACCGGCCCCACCAGUUCAUAAGCCCGAGCCUCAGCCGCCGCACUACGGCUUUCCCAAGCCCCCACCAGCCCCACCAGCUCCACCGGCUCCACCGGCCCCACCAGUUCAUAAGCCCCUGCCCGAGCCUCACCCGCCCAGCUACGAAGCUCCCAAACCCCCACCGACCCCACCAGUCCAUAAUUCCGAGUCUCACCCGCCUAGCUACGAGACUCCGAAGACCCCACCUGUUGAGAAUCACGAUGGCUCCAAAUAUGGUGAUCCGAAAAAACCCGGUCAUUCCGAAUACCAUGAUCUCAAGAAGCGCGAUUACUCCUCCUACGAGGCUCCAAAGAAACCAGAGCCCCCCAAGCACGAGACUCCGAAGGCUCCACCACACAAGCCUGACUAUUCCAACUAUGCUCCUCCAAAGUCCCCACCACCCGCGCCACCUUCGCCACCACCCAAGCACGAGGAACCCAAGCACGAGAAUCCAACUCCCAAACCUCCCUCUCACCCAGAGCCGCCCAAAUACGAGGCCCCCAAGACCACUCCACCCCCGCCGCCCUCCAAACCCGAGGAGCCGAAGUACGGCAAGCCCAAGCCUUCUCCUCACGAGAAGGAACCGAAAGAAGAACCCAAGCCCUCAGGCCCCGGCUACGGCCCCCCAAAGAAAGACGGCUACGGUCAUUGAUAAGUCGUGGCUCACCUAGCGCUUGAUCGACUGCGAUCAAAGUCUUUUUAUUAUGCAGCUAGCCCAGUUCUUUUUUCCCCCGUUUUCUUUUGAGCUCAAUCUACCUGUACGGACCAAGUGUAUCAUUUCUGUUGCUAUCAUGAGUUACUCUUAAGGGUGACCAAAUGCCAAUGAUCUUGCAGAUAACCUGCAUUGAAUCCAUACAUAUAGCAAUCUAUCUUCCAACAUGUCUUGUUUUUAUCAAAAGAGAAAUCCUGCUGAAAAAUAAAAUACAAAAAAAAAUGCUUUCAAGUCUGUAAUCAAAGCCAAUUCUGUGCCGGGAAUAUGUCCAAGUGAGAACACAAAAGUGAGAAUGAAAAGUCCAAACCGGA